AUGUCAUUCUAUCCUCCCGGCUGGGACUACGAGCGCGUAAUGAACUGCCGCGACGAGGACUUCGCCUCCCUCACCGAGGAACAACACAUAACUCUAUUAAAUGGUCUCAAGGAAGCAGGGUUGUACCAAGCUUUCGCAGACAAAAUACACCAAAGAUUCAAGGAAUCCCUGGAAGCCCAACGACUAGCCGAAGAAGCCACAAAAACAGAGGAGCAGAAACUAGCCGAUCGCGAAAUCAGGGCUCCCUACAUCAACACCCUGAAGAAUGUCUUCAAGUUCGAGCCGGAAUGGUCGGAAUGGGGUUUCGUGGUCUUUCGCGCGACUGCCUACGGGCCUGAGCAUGAGGCGAAGUGGGCGGAGUUUCGCCGGCGCUGGGACCAGAUCAUUGAGGAGGAGCAUGCCGAUCAGCGCGGUUUUCAUCCCAAGUCGGAUCGGGCGAUUGAACUGCUGCGGUUUCGGUGGGAGGAGGAUCCUGCGUUGGACGGGGCGUCGCCGGUUGAGGUUUCUCGGCGUUUCGACGAAAUGUGGAGGGAUCUUCCCACUGGACUCGCCACGUCGGCCUGUCUCAUGGUGACACCCGAGGCUUUGGAGUCGGUCCUCAAAUCACCUCUACCUUCUUCAGCACCCCUGAAGGAUCGCAAGAAGAUUCCUUUUGUGGUUGCAGUCUCCAGGGUAGCGCACUAUCCACGCCCGGAGCUCACGCCUGCCGAAGAAGCCGAGGAUGUCUUUGGUCGAGAUUUCAAAGGAUACUUUAAAGUUGCGGUUGAGAGGCUUUUGAGCAAUUUCUACCUCUUGGUCGCUCGGGAUCUCAUGGACCUCCCUCGGCUGACGGUUCGCAUGCAACAUGACAAGGAUAUCUGGUGCGAUGCGUACCGGGGAGGAAUACACUACUAUGUGGAGGAGUCCGGUUGA